ACACGAUAAAUCUAACGGCGUGAACAAUCAAUGGCUAAAAGGGAAAUAACUUUUUGACAACACGCGAAAAACUGAUCUCCGAGUGAUUCCAUUAUCGCGUUCUCUAACACUGCUACUAUUGAAACAAUAACAAACGCAACAGCGUUAUCCAGAAAGGAUCAAAGUUCCAUUAUGUAUCGAGAAAAUUGUCUUCAACGUUAUUAUUAUGAAUUUUCUUAAUUGUGAAAUGAAUAGAAAUGUAUCCUUUUAACGCGGCGUUAAUUAAAACGCUACACGAGUAACGCUAAUACCAGAUGGCCUUGAUAACGUCAGGUGACCUUAAAUCUAACGCAACGAUUAUUGAUUCAAUUAUUCUUGCUAUCAGAUGUAUAAAUCAUAAAUUAUAAACCGAUUGUACGAAAUUUUCAUCGCGGCGUCAGAUUAACGAAGAUCGUUGAAGAAAGUGUGUAUAUACCUGAUGUUAUUCUUACGAUAAAGGAAAGCUUUGAAAGAAUAGAACAGGAUGGGAUCGGAGCAGAGUUCUCAAGGUGGAACCCAUAGUGCUAAUACUAACAGGACAAGAAAUAUACCAUUGAGACGUGGUAAAAGUGUACCAAAUCGUGAGCGAGUACCAGAAGAUACGCCACCAAGAUGUACCAGUCCUGGUGCAAGCAUCUGUUCAGAUUCUGACCUACCAUAUAUAUCUUACACUGUGAAUAGACCUAUCGGCGAUUCGCCAAAGAUGACAAAUAAACAAUCACAGUUAUACAGAGGCAAAAGUUUAGGUGCACAAGAUAUAUCUAGACGUAAAAAUAGCUUAGGUUCUAGUAGCUACAGGAAAACUACCUCCGACAAAAUUCACAACAUUGUUGUAGUGAAACCAGCCUUGCAAGAUCCCACAGCUGACAAAGAUCCUGACCUGGUUAAAUUACAAAGUAUUCCCAUGUUCCUACCUAUUAUGCGUGGUACCCUCAAUUUGCCCCCUGGCGUAAGAGAUCCAGAGGUCCUGGAAAGACUCAAUCCCAUUGGUCUAUUCAACCUGUGUGCUCGGUAUCAGCACCACCUUAACACUAAUGCUCAAAUGAUAGCCACCGAACAAUCCACUCUAUGCAUCAAUAUUGAACCAGAAGUAACCAAAAUUCUUAAUUUGGCAACGGAAAGACAAAAAAAGUUUGCCAAAUUUACUGAACAACUGAACAAAAUACAUGAGCUUAGUAAACAACUAACUAAAUGCCAUUCCCUUUUGAAUCAAACUCUGGAAAGCCUUGAAACUUUGAACAACCUUUUACCAGUAGAGGAUAGGUUAGAACCAUUUGUAUGGACUACUGGAUAAAAUUGAUGUUAAAGAGUAUAUUGAAUGAUAAUUUGAGAAAUAUUACAAAUACACUGCACUGGUGCUAAUCUCAAUUAACUCGAUCCAACAACCUAUUAAGAGAUUUGUUCUGUUUCUUUUUUUUUGUUAAUCACAAUGAAUUUUUACUAUUAAUCCUUACGAAAAGAUUUCUAGUACCUAAACGUGUUGCACAGAAAUUUUUGUUUAUGAAAUUAUAUAUUAUA